AUGAGGCUAGCUUCUAGAGCGACGUGGAUACGAGAUUGCAGGUGUUCUGCUAUAAGGUCUAGCUCAUCAAAUGUGGAUGCAACUGCUAAAGGAGAUGAAAAGUUGAAGUUGGUGUAUGAAGGAGCUAUGACCAAGUCAGUUACCUACUUGAAACGUGUAUCUGCUGCAACCUUCUUUGCCACCAUCUGUGCUACUCCUCUGACUGUUUUCGUGCAAAACCAAUCACCGCUUGUCGUCGCGAUGCUGUUUUCGUCGGCAAUCUUGACUAGUGGACUGUCUACACUCGCCGUGAAUUGGGCUUGUAAUCCUUACGUUUGCAGACUAUACAAACAUGCUGCAUCAUCUAUAGACUCAUCUCCAAUAGUAACAGCUGUGACAUUGACCUUCUUUGGUCGAGAGGUCGCGACAACCUUACCAGCAUCCUCUCUUACGGGAGCGGCUAGAGCUUUCGCAACAUGGAAGCUCAAACCACUGGCACUUGACGAUGAAGCACCAUCACCUGAGCAAAUCCAAGCAGGCAAAACCGUGCUAGCUGGGUCGUCGUCUCCAAUGUAUAAUCGCAAGUACUUUUAUGUGCAUCAGGAUAAUGAAAACAGCAGUAAUGAGUUUAGAGAAAUUGUGGGACUCGUUAAUGGUGGUGGGAAACGUGCAACAUCAGCUCAGUCGUGGGAUGACGUGGUCAAAAAUUUGAAAAAGACAUAA